AUGGCAACGAAAAAGGCGUGCGUGGAUGCGCCCAAGAGGAGCCGGAGUCCGGUCGUGCUGGAGGCGGAGAUGUUCAGUGAAUUUCAGGACUGGUGUCUCCGGACUUAUGGGGACUCCGGGAAAACAAAGACCGUCACCCGGCGAAAAUACAACAAAAUCAUGCAGACACUGUUGCAGAGCGACGAGUCGGACGGCGUGUACGUGGACAACAGCCACAUCAACGCCAAAUUCAAAUUCUGGGUGAAGUCGAAAGGAUUUCAGGUCGGGACCAACGUCCUGGGAGAGCACAACAAGAAAGGGACGCCAGGGAAACCCGUCCUAUAUGUGCCGGUCAAGUCAACGUGUUCGGACGGUAAUUCAGCCCAAGACAACUCCUCCCUGAAGCGUGUGGCUGUGGUUGAAGACUUCUUUGACAUCAUCUAUGCCAUGCAUGUGGAGAUGGGUGCUGACCCUGGCCGAGCACCCAAACACGCGGGCCAGAAGAAGACCUACAAAGCGAUCGCAGAGACCUACGCCUUCCUGCCCAGAGAGGCGGUGACUCGGUUCCUAAUGAGCUGUGGAGAGUGUCAGAAGAGGAUGCACAUCAACCCCAGCACUGCAGAGUUCAAAGAAAAUGACAGACCCGCCUCCCUGGUCCCGGACCUCAUUGAUUACAACAUGCCUCUUACUGCCACCUACCUGAAACAAAUGAAACUGCAGUGCAUGACUGCCAAUGAAAGGGACGACAGCUCGGUGAGCAGCGAGGACAUGAACGGCACUGAGCCCACCUGGGUCCCAGCGGAGCAGCCCCCCGUGCCUGAGCCCAGUCCACCCAACGGGGAACGAGUCGGCAACCCAACGGCCGCCAUUAAAGAGGAGGAUGAUGACGACUCCUCGGAGAGCGGCAGUGCCAACGGGCUGCCGGCCCUGACCUCCCCGGAGGUGCUGGCUGCGGGUGGGAACCCCCCAGAUGGUGGGGCCCCUUAUGGGGAGGUGACGGAGAACGGUCUGAGCGCUCCCCUGGACUUCAGCACCACCUCGUCCUCGUCCUCCUCGGAGGAUCAGCAGCCGGUCAACCUGAGCGACAGCCUGCUGCCGGUGGGCUGCUCGCCGUCAGACCCCACCAGGAAGUACCCCGUCAAAACAGAGUACACCAACAAGUCUCCUCCGUACAGCUCAGGAAGUUAUGACUCCGUGAAGACUGAGCUGAGCAUGAGUGCCGAGGACUUGACCUCUGGCCGGGCGCAGAUAAUCGAUGACGACGACGAUGAUCACGACGACCACGAUGACAGCGACAAGAUUAAUGAUGCUGAGGGGAUGGACCCCGAGAGACUUAAAGCCUUCAAUAUGUUUGUGCGUCUGUUCGUGGACGAGAAUCUGGACCGCAUGGUGCCCAUCUCCAAACAGCCCAAGGAGAAGAUCCAGGCCAUCAUCGAGUCCUGUAGCCGACAGUUCCCCGAGUUCCAGGAGCGCUCCCGCAAGCGCAUCCGCACCUACCUCAAAUCCUGUCGCCGAAUGAAAAAAGGCGGUUUUGAGAUCCGACCAACACCUCCUCACCUCACCUCUGCCAUGGCUGAGAACAUCCUCGCGGCCGCCUGUGACAGCGAAACCCGGAACGCUGCCAAGAGGAUGCGGCUCGAUGUCUACCAGUCGUCGGAUGAGCCAGCCUCCGGUGACAAGUCCAACUCCAGGGACUCGGCCCCCGCGGCCCCGACAGCAUUUUCCAUUUCCAGCGCAGCCUUCGCCCAGGACCAGCUCUACACCAACGGAGGCCUCAACUACAACCUGCGAGGAUACGGGACGGUCGGCAGCAACCAGCAGAACUCUGGAGCUGCACAGACCAACGGUCCCACAGAUCUGAGUAUGAAGUCCGUCGGCCCAAACUCUUCCUCCAGCUCCAACAGUCACGGUCAGGGCGGUGGCGGCGGCGGCGCCUCGGCCCAGCUCAGCCCCCCCGAGGUCACGGCGGUGAGGCAGCUCAUCGCCGGCUACCGGGAGUCCGCGGCCUUCCUCCUCCGCUCGGCAGACGAGCUGGAAAACCUGAUCCUGCAGCAGAACUGA